AUGCCUUCUGACGGCGCGAAGCUGGCCAAGGGCGGCCGCACGUUUUGGUUCCGCGAUGCCAUCAUCUACCAGAUCUGGCCGGCGUCGUUCAAGGACCUCAACGACGACGGCAUGGGCGACCUGCAGGGCAUCAUUGCGUCGCUCGACUACAUCAAGUCGCUCGGCGUCAACACGCUCUGGCUCUCGCCCAUGUACGACUCGCCCCAGGUCGACAUGGGCUACGACAUCUCCGACUACCAGGCCAUCUACCCGCCCUACGGCACCAUGGACGACAUGGACGCCCUCAUCCGCGGCUGCCACGACCGCGGUAUCAAGAUCCUCCUCGACCUCGUCAUCAACCACACGUCGGACCAGCACCGCUGGUUCAAGGAGUCGCGUGCGUCCAAGCAGAGCCCCAAGCGCGACUGGUACAUCUGGCGGCCCGCAAAGUACGACGCCGAGGGCAAGCGCCACCCGCCCAACAACUGGAGGUCCAACUUCAACACGCCCGCCUGGACCUGGGACGAGGCCACCCAGGAGUACUACCUCCACCUCUUCUGCCCCGAGCAGCCGGACCUCAACUGGACCCACGACGAGUGCCGCCGCACCAUCUACCAGGAGACCAUGGUCUACUGGCUGGAAAAGGGCGUCAACGGCUUCCGCGUCGACACCGUCAACAUGUACUCGAAGCCCAUGGACUUCCCCGACGCGCCCGUCACCGACCCGGGCGCCGAGACGCAGCCGGCGGGCAUGGUCUAUUGCAACGGCCCCAUGAUGCACACCUACCUCAAGGAGAUGGGCGAGAUUCUGGAGCGCUACGACGCCAUGACGGUCGGCGAGCUUCCCAACACGCCCCAGACGGCCGACGUCAUCCGCUACGUGUCGGCGGCGUCCAACGAGCUGAGCCAGGUGUUCCAGUUUGACCUCGUCGACCUCGGCCGGCUGCCCGAGGACAUUAUGCAGGGGCGGCCCUUUGAGCUGCCCGAGAUGAAGCGCACCAUUGACAAGUGGCAGCGCUUCACCGACGGCAACGACGCCUGGACGACGGCCUUUUGCGAGAACCACGACCAGGCGCGGUCGAUUUCGCGCUUUGGCAGCGACAAGACGCCCGACGACGCCGUCGAGUCGGGCAAGCUGCUGGCGCUGCUCAACACGUCGCUCUCGGGCACGCUCUACAUCUACCAGGGCCAGGAGAUUGGCAUGACCAACGUGCCCAAGACGUGGGGGAUCGAAGAGUACCUCGAUGUCAACUCGAUCAACUACUACAAGAGCGUCGAGGAGCGCACGGGGGGCGACGCCAAGGCGCUGGCGCGCGCGCUGUCGGGCAUCAACAGCUAUGGCCGCGACAAUGCGCGCACGCCGGUGCAGUGGACGUCGGAGGCCAACGGCGGCUUCUCCAAGACGCCGUCGACCAAGCCGUGGAUGCGCACCAACGACAACUACACGAGCAUCAAUGUGGCGGCGCAGCAGGGCGACGAGGCGAGCGUGCUCAACUUUUACCGGCGCGCCAUUGAGCUGCGCAAGCGGCAUGCGGCCGUGCUGGCCAAGGGGCGGUUCGAGCUGGUCGACGUCGACGAUGCCAAGCUGUUCAAGUUUGUCAAGCGGAGCCAGGGCGCGGGGGCGGGCGGCGAGGUGGCCUUUGUCGUGCUCAACUUUAGCGGCGAGGAGCAGGCCUACCAGGUGCCCGACGAAGUGGUGGGCGGCAAGGUCAUUGCCAACACGCGCCUCGACGGCGGCAAGCCGGGCGUGCUGAGGGCGUGGGAAGGCCGCAUCUACCUGGCCUAG